CAUUAACAAAUAUUAUCAAACAACUUAUAGAAACUUCACACUUUAAGUACUAAAUUGAGCAGAGUUAGAAAUGGACGACAAAGAGAAAUUGUCAACGGGCAAAAGCCUUAAAACAUGUUGUGGCUUUCAUUGGAGGGGAAAGGCAAGCUGCCUCAUACCGUUAAUCACGUUGCCGAUUUUAAUAUAUGGCCUAAGCAAGAACUUACCAGAGUACAAGUGCAUGUAUCUGGUUGUGAAUAUGGCUUUGUUUUGGAUAACAGAAUGCAUUCCACUUUAUCUGACAUCAAUAUUUCCAAUUGUAUUCUUACCACUUUUUGGCAUUAUGAGCUCCGAAGCCGUUUGCCAUCUGUAUUUCGCAGACACUUUGGUUAUGUUUCUGGGUGGUCUUUUUAUUGCACUGGCCGUCGAAUACAGCAAUUUGCAUCUGCGCAUCGCCCUGGGCACAAUUCUAAUAGUUGGAUGCAGUCCACGACGCUUGCUUUUGGGUAUGGUUUUCGUCACCUGCUUUAUAUCACUGUGGAUAUCCAAUUCGGCUGCUACGGCUAUGAUGUGUCCCAUUGUUAAGGCCGUUCUGCUUGAAAUGAGUUCUCAAAAUAUAUUUGAUGUAUAUAUGACGCAAGAGCAGGAACCAGUUGAGGAGGGCGAUUCACCGCAUCUGUCGAUGAUAUCGCUGUCAUUUUAUUUUGGUAUUGCUUAUGCUGCCACAAUCGGUGGUUGCGGCACACUCAUCGGCACCGGCACAAAUCUAACAUUUAAAGGGCUUUACGAAACCCGCUUUCCCAACUCCAAGGAGACGUUGGACUUUCCCAUAUUUAUGUUGUAUUCGAUGCCCCUGGUUGUGAUCGUUAAUAUUGUACUGUUGUACUUAUCGUUGCUAGUCACCCACAUGGGCAUGUUUCGUGCCAAUAGCGAGAUCGCCCGACAAGUUAAGCGUGGCGCCGACAAUAGCGAUCUGGUCAAGAAGGUGGUCAAGGAACGCUAUCAGGAUCUGGGCCCCUGGACCUGCCACGAGAUUCAGGUGAUCGUGGUCUUUGUAUUCAUGAUUGUCUUACUCUUCACCCGUGAGCCAGGCUUCUUUACAGGAUGGGGUAAUUUCUUGAAUGCCAAACAUAUAGGUUGCUCGGCGGCUGUCAUGCUGCCAGUGGCCCUAUUGUUUGCCCUACCCACACAGUACUCAUUUUGUAAGUACUGUUGUGGUGGACCGCCCUUUACUGGACGCAGCAUGGACGCUUGCCUCUCCUGGGUGUAUGUACAUAGGAACACACCAUGGGGCCUGUGCUUUCUGCUGGGUGGCGGCUUUGCACUGGCGGAGGGCAGCAAGGUCAGCGGCAUGGCCGGAAUGCUGGGCAAGGCAAUGGCUUUUGUUUCAUCGCUGCCAACAUUUGCUACUAUCGCUAUUACCAUUUUAAUUAGUCUAUUCUGCACGGCUUUCAGCUCGAAUGUGGCAAUUUGCAACAUACUUACUCCCAUCUUCUGUGAGAUGGCUCUCGCCGUUAAAAUACAUCCAUUGCUGUUGACAUUGCCCUCAGCGCUGGCGAUUAGCACCGCCUAUCAUUUGCCGGUCAGCACACCCCCAAAUGCUAUUAUUUGCGGCUAUGCUGGCAUCAAGACAAAGUACCUCGCCGUUGCUGGGAUAGUGCCAACAAUUUGGUCUUUUCUGUUGCUCUGGCUCAACGCAAUGACUUGGGGCCUGGUUGUGUAUCCGGACUGCAAAUCAUUUCCAGACUGGGCUGAGGAGUAAAGUUUUUUUCUUCUGACUCCGAAAAUACUACUUAAAUUAUAUGAUGUAUAUCAACUUAUAAAUGUACGCUGCUUAACAUAAAAUAGUUAUUUCUUAAUUGGGAAUCAAAACUGAAA